AGCAUAGCCGUUUUAGUGUCAUAACCGAAAAACCAAAUUGCAUGAUUUUUGCUAAGAAAUUUGUGUCCGGUAUUUUACGACGAUGCCGAGAAAUCAUGUCAGAAAAAGGACAAGAGGACAGUGGUCCAUCGAACAGCUUCAGAACGCCAUUUUAAAAGUUCGUGAUGGAAUGUCGUUAAGAAAAGCCGCAGAAAGAUUUGACAUUCCAUAUUCAACUCUACGAGAACGAUUCACAGAAAAACAACUCAAGCCCCCAGAUUGGGUACGAAACCGGUUUUCUCUCCAGAAACAGAAAAUGAGAUCGCCGGACACUGCAUCAAGAUGACAAAUUUAUUUUUCGGACUCACAAAAUUGGAGCUCAGAAAAGCUGUGUUCGAUUACGCUGAAAAGAAAGGGAUUCCCCAUCGGUUCAGCAAGGUAAACAAGCUGGCAGGGAAAGACUGGCUAGAAGGAUUCAUGAAACGACAUCACGGAAUAAGUAUUCGGAAACCAGAAGCCACGAGUAUCAACCGCAUAAAGGCCUUCAAUAAGGUGGAAGUGCACCGAUUUUACAAGAACCUCGAGGAAGUCAUGUCUCAGUACAACUUCCAAGCCGACCGCAUAUUCAAUUUCGAUGAAACUGGAAAAAACAUCGUGCACAAACCGAAAACGAUUAUCGCAAAGAAAGGAAUGAAGCGAGUCGUAUCUGCGACGAGUGGAGAACGCGGAAGGAAUCAUACUGUUGCCUGUGCAGUAAGUGCCGCUGGAUAUUACAUACCGCCGAUGAUCAUAUUCCCCCGAGUUCGUAUGACAGCAAGUCUAAUGAUUGAUGGACCGCCUGGAGCGAUUUACAAAGCACACAAAUCGGGAUGGAUAACCGAAGAACUAUUCGUCGAAUGGCUCGCCCAUUUCAAAGACAAAACCAAUGCUUCCUGCGCAAAUCCGGUUCUGCUGAUAUUGGACAAUCAUUCCACUCAUUGCUCGGUUGAAGCAUUUGAUUUCUGCGUGGACAAUGGCAUCGUGAUGCUUUCGAUACCGCCGCAUACAUCUCAUCGCCUCCAACCCUUGGAUUUAACUAUUUUUGGUCCACUCAGCACAGCUUUCAACGACGCUUGCGAUAACCAAAUGAAGGCAAACGGAUACAUGUUCUACUGAAAAGGCAGUUAAUGGCU